AUGAGCUCCAGUACGAAUACUUCAAGCUCGAAUGGAAAUCAAAGGCCUACAGCGAAACGGUCACCAUCGAUUUUGGUCACAGAUGCAAGAAGCACAACGUUAAAAGGUGCUCGGGCACCUUUUGCAGGCCAUAAUUAUAAAAAGCAACAGCAACAGCAACAAAGGCAACAGAGAGUGUUGCCAUCGAGAUCUAAUAAGUAUACAGAUAUUUCCGUGGACAAACUAUUGAGUAAUUCGAGUGAUAUUCCAUCAGGACAGAGGAGACUUCCACCUAUGCUAUCCAAUAGUGGUAGGAAUACUGGGGUCAAUUCACUUGGAUCUUCGAAUCGAGCUAUGUCACCACCGCCAGGACAAGUACGGAUGCCCAAUACAAUGUACAUGGAACCGGGUUUACUGCGGAAAAACAUGAGAAGCAUUCCUAAAUUGUCACAAUCAUUACCAUCAAGAACAUCGAAAACGUCACAGAAGUUAGUGUUAAUUCCAGAUCAACAGCGUUAUAAUUCAUCACCACCGCCGCCACCACAAGCACAACAACCAGUCUUAACAGCAACCCCGGGUGUCACCCCUGACUUACAAGCACAAAUACAAAGAUCGAGAGCUGAACUUAUGCCGAAGGAAGCAAGGGCCCAUGAAUUUAGUCGUAUGACAGCGUAUUUCAUUUGUGAACAAUUUAAUUUAAUACCUGUAUCGAACUUCUUGAAGGAGAAUCAUGAGGUGAAGCCUCGUCUAUAUGAUGAAGCACUUUACAUACCAUAUUCUUUGCCGUUGUUGCCGGGUGCAGAUGGCUUCAGAGUCAAAUCUAACAAUUCUGCAAAGCUACUUCCUAAUAAAAGAUACAUGGAAAAAUUGAUAAAUAAAAGUGAACAAACGGACCAUUUAUAUGAAUAUUAUUCAGGGGUGGAAACUAUCGAAGAUGUCAAUAAUUAUUCGAUGGAUCCUGAGCUAGAGACAUUUGACAGUAACGCUCCAUUUGAUCCUUCCGAACCCCAAUUUUUUGCACCACCUUUGGAAUCAGAAGAGAAUGAAAGUGAUGGCCCUGCCAGUAGUGAUAACGAAUCAAAAUCAAACAGUAUAAAUCAACGUGGAUCAGGACCUCAGGCAAACAAAACCAAUAAUAAUAGAGACUCUAAAACGUCCAAUGAUGAUUCUGAUAAAGUGCCUUCCAGCAGUGUUGUGCAAGCUGAAUUAUCUAAACAUCAUGCCGAGAUGUUUAUCUUCAGAUACGGCAUUGUUGUAUUUUGGAAUUUUUCUGAAAUUCAUGAAAAAAACAUUCUAGCAGACCUUGCAUUUGCAUCUGAUAAACCCCAGCCACUAUUGGUGAAUCCAAUUCACGAACAGGACAUAGAAACUGAAGAAUUUCAUUUUGAAUAUGAUGAUCAAAUACAUAGACCAAGAAUAUAUAAUGAUAUGAUUACGUUAAGAUCUGGUGAUCAUCUUAUCAAAUUGACAAUGUCCCAUGCAAUAGCGCAACUGACAAAGUUGUGUUUAUUUGAGAGUAGGAUGGUGAAUAAUUUACAACUGAUUUCGAAGUUGCCCAAGAAAUUAGCUUUGACGGGUAGGCUAGGAUUGAAGAGGCAACAAUUAUUGAAAAAGUCAGGUAAACUUUUCAAAUUACGAGUUGACGUAAAUCUUUCUAGCUCAAUUCUAGAUACCCCAGACUUCUUUUGGUCUUUCGAACCUGCAUUGCAUCCAUUAUACAACGGUGUUCGUGAAUAUUUAGAAAUCGAUCAAAGAGUUCAAGUCUUAAACGAUAGAUGUAAAGUUUUCUUGGAAUUUCUGGACAUCGUUAGUGACAGUAUGAACGAAAAGAACACUAAUAGAAUAACUUGGAUGAUUAUUGUCAUCAUAUUUAUGAGCUUAUCUGUUAGUGUCUUUGAAUUUAUAUUGCAAAUUGUAUAG